AUGCGGUCUUCCAUUCCCGUGAUUGCGUGUCUGGUGUCGUCCACCCUGGCGCAGACCUUUCAGCGGUUAGGUGGAUGUCCUGAUUUGGGAUGUGUCUUCCCGCCUGAUCAGGCCGACUUUCUGGCUGGACAGUACUUCGACAUCCGAUUAGAAGUGCACUCGCCUGUCAAUGGAUCGGAAGCACGAACUGGCGAGCCAGAUCAAGAUUUUAAAUUCACAAUCAACAAAAAGGACGGGACUCCUGUGCCCGCCACGAAAUAUUUCGAAAUUGAUGAGCCGGAGCUCGAGAGUUGGAAUUUCACUUGGUAUGAAGGUAAGGACCCUCAACCAAAACACGGGCCUGGAACCAAAUUAAUCGAAACAGACCUUUUCGCGCAGGACGCGGACAAACCCUCGCUGGUGAAUGUCACCUCCAAGAUCUAUAGGAGAGUUGCACUGUACGAGCCUGGAGAAUACGAGGCCACCCUGAGCUAUUAUGGAGACGAGAAGACGAUGGCAAAUUGGCAUGUCCGCGACCUUUCCACCAAGCGGCGUGCGAAGAACGUAGUCAUGUUCAUUGGAGAUGGCAUGACCACUAACAUGAUCACGGCCGCACGUCUGAUUGCACACAAGAGUAUCAACGGCAAGUACAUGACGAAGAUGGCAUUGGACAAAUUCCCCAUCCUGGGACACCAGAUGACGCACUCGAUGGACUCUUUCAUCACCGACUCGGCCAACUCCGCUACAGCCCUCUACACGGGCCACAAGACCACUGUGAACGCUUUGAACGUGUAUGUCGAUUCUUCCAGUGAUCCGUUCGAUGACCCCAAGUUCGAGACGAUCUCGGAGAUCUUCCGUCGUCGCAACCCGGAUGGCGGCGUGGGUAUCGUUUCCACUGCUUUCUUGGCCGAUGCAACUCCCGCUGGAUUGGCUGCUCACACCAGCGACCGUGGUGAAUAUGACCAUGUCAUCAGCGCCUAUUAUGAGGGUCUGACCAAGUAUGAAUGGACAAACUGGGAUGGCCCCGACGUACUCCUGGGCGCUGGUGCGGAGGAUUUCCUGCAAAGCGAAGAAACCAGAGAUUACUACAAUCUCUUCGCCGAGAAAGGUUACAACCUGGCCUGGAACAACACGGCUCUCCACGAUGCACCAACCGAUGAGAAGUUGCUGGGCGUUUUCCAGAAGUCUAAUCUUGCGACCUGGCUCGACCGCAACGUCUACCAGGCUAACCUCCUCAACCAGAGUAACUAUCCCGAUGGUUCCGGUCGCGAUGCCGAGGACCUCCCAGGACUUAAGGAUAUGACUCUGAAGGCGAUUGACGUGCUCCACAACCGUCACGGAGAUGAUGGUUGGUUCCUGAUGUCCGAGGCUGCCAGUAUCGACAAGCAGAUGCACUCGCUGGAUUACGAUCGAUCACUAGGCGAGCUUCUGGAGCUUGACGAUACUGUGCGCGCGACAAUCGAAAAGCUCAAGGAGCUUGGUGAACUGGAAGACACGCUGAUCGUCGUCACGGCCGAUCACGGCCAUGGCUUUGACGUCACCGGCUCAGUGGACACCGAGUACAUGGAUGCCCAGGACGACGACCGCAGCAAGCGCAAUGCCGUUGGGUACUAUGAGAACUCCGGCUUGUCGCAGUACACCGUCGCUGGACCUAACUCCUUGCGUUAUUCUGAAGGUGUGCACUUCCCUUCACGCUGGGACCCGCGGUACACCCUGCACUCGGGUGUCGCUGCUUUCCCCGACCACCGGGAGAAUUACCAGGUGCACAGCGAGGGUCCGCGAACACCCGCCGCGACCACAAAUGACAAGAAGAACGGGUAUUAUGCCAGCUACAAGGAUGCUGUCACUGGCUUCGUGGUGAAUGGAACACUGCCUCUUGACGCGGGCCAGGGGGUCCACUCCUUGACAGACGUGCCCGUGUUUGCUCAGGGCCCGUGCCAGGAGUUGUUUGGAGGUGUCUACAACUCCAUUGAUAUAUUCUUCAACAUUGCAGAAUGUCUGGGAUUGUCAGAGAUCAAGGAUAAGCACUAA